GUAUUAAUCAAAACAGCGCCGUUAAUGUCAAAAAGGUGCCUUGGCCUUCAUUUCUCUCUCUCGCUUGCGUUUCUCUUGUGAAACUGAAUCGGAAAUUUGAAAUUUCAAGCGAAAUACAAAAGAAGCUGAUUUUCACGUGAUAUUCUGUCUUCUACUUUCGGAGGUUAUGGAGGAAUCAGAGAAAAGAAGGGAAAGAUUGAGAGCAUUGCGUGUGGAAGCUGAACAAGCCGAAGUUUGUAGUAAUGUUGAGACUUUUUCAGUGCCUGACUCCCUUUCUAAUCCACUGCUUGAGAAGUCUGCAAGGCAACCAGCACAGAGGGAGUCUUAUGCGACUCCAAGGUUUGAUUUUUACACUGACCCUAUGGCAGCAUUCUCUGGUAACAAGAAGAGGGGUCAGCUGGAUAACCAGAUUGUACAAGAUUACUUAACACCUCCUAGUUUUAGUGCUUCUGCGAUGGCACGACCUCCAUCAUUCCUUCCAGGACCAAGAAACCCUGAGAUGAGACCCUCGCCUGCUCAUCAAUUUCAAAGUAAUUCUUCAUUUGAUCAGAGAAUGUAUGAAGCACAAGGUCCUUAUAACACUGCUGGCGGCUAUGGAAGCCCGAGGGGAAUGGCAAAUUCCAUAACUGUGCAACAAGGAACUCCUGAAGCCUGGAAUGGUUCUGGAGGCACAGCCAUGUAUAGUUCUCCAUCUAGUGCAUCAAGAGGUGGUCAGCCAUUCAGCCCUGGCUUUCGACCUGUAAGAAGUCCUAAUUUUUAUUAUGGUCAAGGAAGGCCACAGUGGUAUGGUCGUGGUCCAAACCCUGGUUCAGGGCGUGGAGGCAGUCUUGGUCCAAGUUCAGGCAGAGGUAGGGGCCAAUGGAAUGGCAGCAGCACAAACUCCAGUUUUGGCCAGAGUGGUGGAAGGGGGCAAGGUUUUCAUUCUCGUGGCUCAGGACCAGAAGGAAGACAGGGGCCACAGAUCUUCUACCACAAGUCCAUGGAUGAAGACCCCUGGCAGCAACUGCAACCCCUUUUAUGGAAGAGUAGAAGUGUGAAAAGCCCUGGCUCUUCAAGUUCCUGGCUUCCAAAAUCCAUUAGCAUGAAAAAGCCUAGAGUUUCAGAAGCUUCCAUCAAAUCUAGUUCGCAGCAGAGCCUUGCAGAAUACCUGGCUGCCUCAUUUAAUGAAACUGUUAAUGAUUCAUCGAGCACAUGACAAUUUCCCAGAGUUUGAUGAAGCAAAUCUUUAUAUAAUGAUGGAUAAAGGAUAUCAUAAAAGUCGGACAUACCUUCAUUUGAUAACUAUGUGUAUGCUGUGCUUCUUUUUUCCCAAUUCUUAGAUCACUUGAUGCCCAAAUGCACAUUAGAAGUUUUGUACAUUAUCUUGUUUUCAAUGGCAUACCAUUUUAGUAA